AUGUUGAAUAUAAUUGAAAUUUUUAAAGAAAUUGAAGAAAAGAGAAGUAAACAGGGGUUAGGGAUAAACACAUUAAAGGAAAAGCAAAUCACUUUCAUAUUUGACACACUAGAAAAAUUUAUCAAAAAAUUUCGACGAGGUGAUUUCUUUUCAUGCAAUAUGACUGAAUUAAAGUUUAUUGGUGAGAUCUUCGAACAAUGCAUCGAUGUUUUAACAGAUAUUGACGGCACUUACACAA